AUGAGCGCUCCCUCCCAACUACCUACCCCGGCCCACACCCUCGCCGACUCGAUGUUAUCGCGGCGCUUCGGCAAAGAGACUGUGAAUUAUUUCUCCAGCUCGCCUCUCAAUCGACUGUCCUUCCUGCGAACGGAGCACUCAUUCCUAUCCUCGGCCCUAAAGCACCCCUCCACCAAAUUCGUCCUGCUGAACAACCUCGCCCCGCUAACCCGCUCCCCGGCUGAGCUGUACACGGCCAAAUACGAUGAAGUGCGCAAACUUGUCGCGCCCGAUUUUUUCGACCGCCCCGAGGAAGAGUCGAUCAAGGACUUUGACUCGCGCAAGACAAACCCCAACUUGAUCUUCCUCGGCCUGGACGAAAGUGCCAAGGAGGGUGGUAUGGCGUGGAAGAUCUAUACCGGUACACCAUUCUUUGCGCUAGACGUAACGCCCCGUGGCUCCGAAGCUCAACAAACCGCCGCAAAGGAUGUAACCAGUGCCCUGGAAGAGCAGGGAUUGUCUUUCUUCCAGACCCGCGUUGUCACAACGUUUUCCCCGGAGGAAGCCGCCAUCUACGCGCAAGCCCGCGCCCUGAUGGACUGGAACAACAGGAAUACCUUCUGCGGCACCUGCGGCAACCCGACCCUAUCCAAGGCAGCCCAGCCCCCCCGACCCCCCUGCAGCACACGCACGACAAUCUCAAACCUCUCCUUCCCGCGCACCGACCCGACGAUAAUCGUCGCCGUGGUCUCGCACGACGGCAAGCGGGUCCUGCUCGGCCGGUCGAAGCGCUUCCCGCCGAAAUGGUACUCCACGCUGGCGGGCUUCAUCGAGCCGGCCGAGUCGAUCGAGGACGCUGUGCGGCGCGAGGUGUGGGAGGAAGCGGGCGUGACGCUUUCGCGAGUCGUCAUUCACUCGUCGCAGCCUUGGCCGUACCCGGCUAAUCUAAUGAUUGGCGCGAUUGCGCAGGUUAGCGAGCCCGCGCAUGAGAAGAUCAAUCUCGAGCAUGAUCCUGAGUUGGAGGAUGCGAGGUGGUUUGAUGUUGAGGAGGUUGAGGAGGCGUUGAGGGUUGGUGUUAGUGAUUUGAGCUCUGAGGCUGGCGCUGAGUAUAAGGGUGGGUUGAGAUUGCCGCCUCCUACUGCCAUUGCUAAUCAGUUGAUUCGGGCUGCGGUUGAUGCGGAGUAUUUCCGUGGUGAGAAGUGCUCGCUUUAG